GGAGUGAACUGUGAGUGUGUUGUUCCCCGAGCUGUUGAUAAACAACAAUGGCGCUACUCGGGCCCAACUUUUAAUAACAUUUCAUUCCCCUCAACAAACUUUCAUAUUCCUCACAUCAAUACCGCUAAUCCAACGCACUCACACAUACACAUAAAAAAACUUUGCAUCCGAUCUAUAAGCUACGAACUGUCAGACGCCACAUCCGCCUUUUAUCAAAAGUUUUGCAUCUACUUCAAUAUUUUUGUUUUGGUUUGCUUUUGAGGACUGCACAAGGCCAACUUUGCGAAGGUGAACAAGUUAUGUAUAGUUGAUGGAAUACCCAGGUGUUUCUGUUGGUUUUCCUAACAGUGUUGUUACAAGUACAGCCAUUCCUAUUGACACCUCCUUAAUGGAAACUCGAUAUUCUGAAAACUUGUAUCAGCCCGAACAUCACAAUUCCGGAGAUGUCCAGUUUUCAGAGACCCACAGCGUGCUGGCCGAUGCUCAUCAUUUUGGAGUGUCUUCCCUCUCAUUUGAUCUUGCCAAAGAACUUCUGUGGAUGGGAACUCAAGGGGGUCAUGUCACAUCUUACUAUGGUGCUGGGCUUGAAAAAUACACUUCCUUUCAAGUUCAUUCAACAGAUGAAAUUCGUCAGAUUCUAUCUAUGGAUACAGGCUGUCUCUACCUUACCCGAAAUAAUCUGAGAUGUUCAAUGAGAACAGGACUGAAGCAGUUUGACUACAUUGACGAAUAUAUGGAAGACAUGCAGUGUAUCUUAAUGACCAGUCCAGAGACAGUGUUAAUGGGUGGUCACCAGACCAAAGUCAUUGAGCUUGACCUCAAUAAGUUACAAAAGACCAGAGAGGUUGAUGUUGAUGAACCUGGCUGUGCUAUAUUCAGGGCUUCAAACAAGUUCAUUUGUGCUGGAGAUAUUAGUGGCAAGCUGACACUUUACGAUCAUAAAACUCUUAAUGCUGAACAUGUCCUUGAAGCCCAUACUGGAACUUUAUCAGAUUUUGAUAUCAAUGGUAACCUAUUGGUUACCUGUGGUUAUUCCAACAGAAUGGGCAACUUGGCACCUGACCGUUUUCUCAUGGUGUAUGAUCUACGUUUCAUCAGAGCCAUGGCACCAAUAAAAGUUGUUAUAGACCCAGCAUUCCUCCGCUUCUUACCAGCUUAUCCAAACAAACUGUGUGUUGUUUCACAAGUUGGUCAUUUUCAAGUGCUGGAUACUACAACAAUGGCUCCUGGCUCCAUGAUGCUGUACCAAGUGGAUACUCAAGGAGGUGUUUUAAUGAGUUUUGAUGUGUCUCCUACAUGUCAGUCCAUGGCUUUCGGAGACAGCACUGGUUACAUCCAUUUGUUUUCUACGAGUGAGCAAGCAGCAUUCAAUGCUUACCCUGAACAACCAGAGUUUGCAGAUCCCGUUGAACCUGUCACCCCUAUGCACAUCAAUGAUGAGCUGGCACCCUUGUCCAUCAUCCCUAUGACAUACCCCAGUGGAGUGACUCUGCUCUCUGAUUGGCCGGCACAACUCUGUCAAAAAGUUUACAGGGCCCACAAACCAGUGGAACCAGAAUUGCUGCGUACCAUGAAGAUGAGGCACAAUGUGGGGUACGCCCCCAAUCCAGGCACCACCCACAGAAACCAGGUACCCUAUGAUCUGAAAAAUGAGAGCAAUAACUACAAGUCUAUCCCUGAAUCUUCCAAUGGCAGAGAUGAUAAUUUGGUCAAUAUACCUAAAAGAUAUCGCAAAGUUGAAAUAAAAUACUCCAAGCUUGGCAUUGACGAUUUUGAAUUUCGCUAUUAUAACAAAACCAAUUUUGCUGGUUUAGAAACCCAAAUUCCUAACGCUUAUUGCAAUGGAAUGCUACAGGUUUUGUAUUUCAUUGAGCCUCUGCGAUGUGCAAUGAAGUCGCAUCUCUGUGAAAGAGAGUUUUGUUUGGCAUGUGAGCUUGGCUUUCUUUUCCAUAUGUUAGAUGAACAAAAGGGACAAACCUGCCAGGCCAACAAUUUUCUCCGAGCUUUCCGUACAAUUCCGGAAGCUUCAGCUCUUGAGCUUAUCAUUGGUGACCAUGACCAGCUGCAGGGCAAAGCAAACUUCACUCGCCUCAUCCAGAAUUGGCAACGCUUUUUGCACCAACAAGUUCAUUCUGAAUACUGUGUUCGAGGCACAAUCUACCAGAAUGCCAUACCUGAAGGUGCCAUUCCUGUUGAAGGUUGCCAGCAGGAAAUAGCAGAUUAUUACUCCAUACCUGUCUACACAGAACCCUGCCCUAUACAGGAGAACAUUCCACCAGGUGCAAAUAUCUUAGAUCAAAGCAGUGAAGCUGUUCCAGAAAGUCCACCCAAAUCUGAGCCAGAAGUUUCUAUAGUAAGUCAGCUGUUUGGAAUUGAGAUGGAAACACUUCUACGAUGUCGUUGUGGCCAUGAGACUCACAGAACCUCUUAUCCUACCCUCACCAACUUAUCAUAUCCAUCAUCAAACACAGAUGAACCUCCUCAAGUCAUUUCAUUCUCUAACAUCUUGUUGCACAGUUUAACAUCAGAGCAGGUGAUGCAAGCUUGGUGCAGUGUUUGCAGCCGUUAUCAAACCCAUGUCCAGAAAAAACUCAUAAAAUCUCUUCCAGAUAUUAUUGCCUUAAAUUGUGGCCUCGACAACCCUCGUGAUAUAGAAUUCUGGAAGACGCAGUUACAGAUUAUCAAAAAAGACAGCACAGAACAGAAGGAAGAAAUAGCUAGUCCAAAGAAGAAACUGUGUCGUUAUGGUAAACUCUGUAAACGGAAAGAUUGCUUCUUUCGGCAUGAACCAAACCCACAGAGUUAUGAUCAAUCAAGUGAUGGUGGGGAUUCACUUAACGAAGAAAAUUCUCAGUCCAGCUACGUCCCAACAGGCUUACGGCUUUCUCUCUCAAACAACGUAUUUUCAGUGAACAGAUUAACAGAAGAGGCAAAGACGUCACCACCGGAUGAGUUCUCAAAGGAUUAUGAAAUCUAUGCCACAGUGUCACACAUCAAAGAUGGUAAAACCUCAGGUAAUUUAGUCAGCUGUGUCAAAGUCGGCAAGAAGUACCACCAACGGAAAGAAAAAGUCACUUGUACCCAAUGGUACCUCUUCAACGAUUUCUCCAUCACACCAAUCGAAAUGUCAGAAGCUUUGCAUUUUGACAUGGACUGGAAAAUACCCUGCAUCAUUUAUUUUACUCGGAAAAAUAUCAACCAAUACCAUGAUAUAACGGUGCAAAACCCCAUCACAUCAGAAGUUCUUUUGGACCAAAGUGGAGUUGUGAACCCUAAAAUUACAGAGAAGACCUUUAUUCCAUUAACCCCAGACGAAAUCCCCAAAAGAGGGUCUCUGGUCGCCCUGGAUGCAGAGUUUGUCUCAUUAGAUCAGGAACAAGCAGAAUUAAAAAGUGAUGGAACACGAUCCACAUUGAAACCAUCGCACCUUGCCCUUGCUCGAUUGACCUGUGUUCGAGGAUAUGGCCCUCUCCACGGUGAACCUUUCAUUGAUGACUAUAUCGCCAUGCAGGAACAAGUUGUCGACUAUCUGACGGAGUAUUCCGGCAUUAAACCUGAUGAUCUCAUUGCUUCCGUUUCCACAAAACAUUUAACCACGCUCAAGUCAACGUACAUGAAACUCCGAUACCUCGUAGACCAAGGCGUUUGCUUUGUCGGCCAUGGACUUAAAAAAGACUUCAGAGUUAUCAACAUUUCAGUCCCCAAGAAACAAAUUGUUGAUACAGUCGAACUAUUACGGCAGCCAAGGCAAAGAAACAUAUCACUCAAGUUUUUGGUUCGCUACUUUUUAAAAAUGGAUAUCCAGUCUUUCACCCAUGACUCAAUAGAAGACGCACGUAGCGCCCUGCGUUUGUAUCGCCUGUACGAGGAAAUGGCCAAGAAAGGCGAAAACCACAUCAAGAACGUCAUUAAGAAUCUUUAUGAAUACGGACGGAAAGUUCAGUGGAAGCUGCCGCCGCCGGAAGAACUUGCGGAGGCGAUGCUUCCAGUAUUUACAUGUUGACAAACAGACAAGUUA